CACACCACCACCACUACUCCACUCUCUCUUCUCUCUCUCUCUCUCUCUCUAUCUCUAAACAAGCGUACGUUAGCGAAAUACACAAUGGCUUCACUUCUUGUCCUCUCCAUCUUCUUCUUCCUCUCCUCUUGUUCUGCUCAGUCCUACAAUGUCUUGUCUUUCGGAGCUAAGCCGGACGGAAAGACAGACGCAACCAAAGCGUUCAUGGCGGUUUGGGAAACCGCGUGUGCAUCAACUCGUCCCGUAACCAUCGUGGUUCCCAAAGGCCGGUUUUUGUUAAGGAGCGUUACUUUCGAUGGUUCCAAAUGCAAGCCCAAGCCCGUUACGUUCCGUAUCGACGGUACAUUGGUGGCUCCGGCUGAUUAUCGAGUUAUCGGAAAUGAAGACUAUUGGAUUUUCUUCCAACAUCUAGACGGCGUCACCGUCUACGGCGGAGUUCUUGACGCUCGAGGAGCUUCUUUAUGGGAUUGUAAGAAGUCCGGCAAGAAUUGCCCCAGCGGCGCAACGACAAUAGGAUUUCAGAGCUCAAGCAACGUUAUGGUCUCUGGGCUAACGUCACUAAACAGCCAGAUGUUCCACGUCGUCAUUAACGGUUGUAAUAACGUAAAGCUUCAAGGAGUCAAAGUAUUAGCUGCCGGAAACAGCCCCAACACCGAUGGUAUCCACGUUCAGUCUUCCUCCACCGUCUCUAUCUUCAAUACUAAAAUCUCCACCGGAGACGAUUGCGUCUCCAUCGGUCCCGGCACUAACGGACUUUGGAUUGAAAAUGUAGCAUGCGGCCCUGGUCAUGGCAUCAGCAUUGGUAGUUUGGGAAAAGAUAGCGUGGAGUCUGGUGUACAAAACGUGACUGUGAAAACGGUGACGUUUACGGGAACUGAUAACGGAGUGAGGAUCAAAUCAUGGGCCAGGCCCAGUAGUGGAUUCGCUAAGAACAUCCGUUUCCAACAUUGUGUAAUGAACAACGUAGAGAAUCCUAUCAUCAUUGACCAAAACUACUGCCCUGAACAUGAUUGUCCUCGCCAGGUUUCGGGGAUCAAAAUUAGCGAUGUGUUGUUUGUUGAUAUACAUGGAACAUCGGCGACUGAAGUUGGAGUGAAACUUGAUUGUAGUUCCAAGAAACCGUGUACUGGAAUACGACUUGAGGAUGUGAAAUUAACGUACCGGAAUAAACCGGCUGCGUCGGCUUGUACUCACGCCGGAGGGAUAGAAGCUGGAUUUUUUCAGCCAAAUUCCCAUCCGAUUCCAAGCACACUCAACGUCUUAUCCUACGGAGCUAAACCAGACGGUUCAAAAGACUCAACCAAAGCCUUCUUAGCCGCAUGGGACGUCGCUUGUGCCUCAGCUAAUCCUACAACUAUAAUCGUACCAAAAGGACGGUUCUUGGUCGGGAACCUUGUUUUCCAAGGCAACGAGUGUAAGCAAGCACCAAUAUCUAUUCGUAUAGCAGGCUCAAUCGUUGCUCCGGAUGAUUUUAGAAUUAUUGCAAGAUCAGAACAUUGGAUCUCGUUCGAGGAUGUUACUGAUGUUUCAAUCUAUGGUGGAAUACUUGACGCUCAAGGCACUAGUUUAUGGAAAUGCAAGAACAACGGUGGCCAUAAUUGUCCUACUGGUGCCAAGAGUUUGAUGUUUAGUGGGUCAAAUAACAUCAAAAUCAAUGGUUUAACGUCAAUCAACAGCCAGAGAUUCCAUAUAGUCAUCGAUAAAAGCAAUAACGUGAACAUUGACGGCGUUAAGGUUUCUGCUGAUGGGAAUAGCCCUAACACCGAUGGAAUUCACGUCGAAUCAUCUCACUCCGUCCAUAUCACUAACUCGAGAAUCGGAACCGGUGAUGAUUGCAUCUCCAUCGGUCCAGGAUCUACUGAUGUUUUCAUACAAAACAUUCAAUGUGGUCCAGGCCACGGCAUCAGUAUUGGAAGUCUUGGACGAGCAGAGGAAGAACAAGGAGUGGAUAAUGUGACCGUGAGUAACGUGGAUUUCACGGGAACGAAUAACGGAGUUAGGAUCAAAACAUGGGGAAAAGAUAGCAACAGUUUCGCUAGAAACAUCGUUUUCCAACAUAUUAAUAUGAAGAUGGUCAAGAACCCGAUCAUUAUAGACCAACACUAUUGUCUUGACAAACCUUGCCCUAAACAGGAAUCUGGAGUUAAAGUAUCAAAUGUGAGAUAUGAAGAUAUACACGGGACUUCGAAUACGGAAGUGGCGGUUUUGUUAGAUUGUAGUAAGGAGAAACCAUGUACCGGUAUUGUAAUGGACGAUGUGAAUCUUGUCUCUGUUAAUCGACCGGCUCAGGCGUCUUGCGAUAAUGCAAAUGGAUUAGCCAACGACGUCGUCCCAUUCACUCCUUGUCUAAAGAGCGAGAUAAUUAUGACUUAAAUAUAUAUGGAUCUCAAAAACGACGCCGUCCCGAUUGCUCCAUGACUUAAAGAUGAGUUCAUGUAGUAGAUCUGCGAACGACGUCGUCCUGUUUGCUACUUGUUGUAAUACUAUCUUUGAGAAUCUUUGUAAUCGAAACUUUGAAGUAAUGAUGAUUAAAUUUUGGUUCACAUA